GACGCUGACACCAGCAUAGUGAGGUCGAUGAGAACAUUGCAAUUCUUUCGCUGCGCAAGAUUUCCUUCAGGCACUUGUGCCAUUCCAGGGUGAACGUUUAGCUAUCUUAUCUCUUGGCCUCACACUGGACUGACAAUCCCGGUUGAGUAUGUCUUUACUGCGUCCGCAUGCCCCCGGUGCAAGACCAUCACCCGCAGAAUCAUGCUCAACACAAUCCUGGCCAUCAACAGUAUAGGGAGUCAUCGAUUGAGGCAGAACGUGCCCACAGAUUCACAGUGUUUAACCACAAAUGCCCUCUCAGGCACCCACACUCGACUUUUUGCAUCCCCGACGCGUAUCGCGAUAGCCUCGCUCAUGCCGUUACGCCUGCAUAUUCAGACUAUUCUAGCUACAGAGCCGCCAUGAAAGUCGCAGCUCCUGAAUGUGGGGAGUCCAGCUCCAGCCUCUCAACACUUCUCUCGGAGGCUUCACCUCCUCGACCUAAUAGUUCUAAGUCAAACCCGUACAAGGCCCGUCGUCAAAGAUCGAAGCGAUUUCAAUUGGGGCGCAGAAAGAGCACGGGAGCAUUAGUGGAGGCUUCCCCAUGGCAGCCAGAAUGUCCUCCAUCGUCCCUUCCGCAGCCAACCCCGCGUAUCAGCAGCCUGCCUCCCACCCCGGAAGCUUCGCAAAUACCCACGACCCCUUCCAAAGCCCCACAGAUACAUAUACUUCCUCCAACACCUGAAGCGCGUCAAUCGUUCCCUCAGCUCGGCGGAGCGCCGUCAGUGAACGUCCUGCCACCAACGCCAGUACCAUCAAAGCAGUUAUCACGGCCAUCCAAAGGACAACAGCUGGAAGCUCUCUCAUCCAGGCCCUCUCAAAAGGAAGUCGGAAAAAGACCCGCCGUCGAGUCCACCGAACCCAACCAGCCCCUUCAGCCCCUCCAGCCCCUCCAGCCCCUCCAAAUCCACUGCGGUCUGAUGCUCCAGCCCGCCCCCGAAAACCUCCUGGGCACCUACAAAGGCUCGCCCUACCAGCCCUUCGCUGGCCCCAGCCACACCGCCGGCCACAAGCCGCGCCUGCAACGCCACGCGUCGUUCAUCGACUUGAGAGACUGCUGGCGGACGCCCGAAGCGGAGCUCACGGCGUGCGUGCUCAGGAGGUGGAGCCCGGGGAACCAGCCAGGCUCCGGAGCGCGGAGACCGCGGUCGCCGCUGGCGCAGGACGCGAGUUCAGCACAGGACGAAGCGGGUGAGGAGCCCGAGGCAGAUGAAGAGACGCCGCUGCUCGUGGGCGUCCGAGCUACGUCCGCAGAAGCGCUGGGAGAGGAAGACGAUGGGCACACUGCAACACACCGGGAGUCCGACGGCGAGACCGAGACCGAAGCAACCUCUCGUCUGAAGCCUCUCCUCUUCCCCUUCGUAGUCUUCUACACAUAUAUCGCCUCCGCUAUCACAUCCUACCUCCACGACCGCGACGCGCACUCCGGCUCGCUGGGUAGCCACGACACCGAGACGGCGCGCUGGCUGCGCCGCGUGGACAGCGCGUUUCCGGUGGUGAAAGACACACAUUCGCAGCGCUCGUAUGGCUCGUUUUCGAGUCUGUCGGGGUCGCCGCUGGUGUCGCCGCAUGAGAGGUCGGCGAGCAGAGGAAGCUUGGGGAGUAUACCCAUUGUUCCUUCGCAUAGCAGGAAGGCUAGUCGGGGGAGCUUGGCGCCUGAGGAGAUGAGGGGGUGUUUGGGGUGGUAA